AUGGCUGCUACAUUUUCCUACGCACAAGCCGCCAAGGGCGUCGCCCCAACAAACUCUCCCGCCGAGCCAGUCGCCUCAUCCAACGAGCAGAACGCCGAGGUCAGCGCGGAACAGUCGACGGAUGCUGCGUCUACCAAGGUUGAGCCAGGCCCCGAAUCUGAGAACGUGAAUGGAACCAACGACAAGGAAGCCGAAUCGUCCAGCGUUGGCAACUCUUCAACCACUUCUAGCACGCUCAAGGACGAGGAUGAAGUGAAUACGCCCAAUGGCACCUCAGAGUCUACUUGGGACAAACAGUCUCAAGCAUCAGGAGCGGAGAAGGCCACCGGCGAAGAGGAGGGUGCUGAUGACAAGACGGACGAGAAGGAGAAGAGCGUACCAGCUAAGGAAUUGAAGGCUGCUCCUCUCCCUGCGGUCAACAUCUGGCACCAGCGCAAAGAAGCCCAGGAUGCUAAAGCCAAGGCUCUGGCCGCUUUGAAGCCUGCCACAAAGACUGGAACUUCCAAGACCACGUCCGCCGCUUCCUCGACGUCAGGCGAUCAUCAGCAGGAGCCCGCGAAACCUCCUAAGAAGAAGGGGACUGACGGUCAGGAAAGUGCCAAGGAGCGCAAGAAGACCGAAGGUGGUAAGGGACGCGAUGAGAGCGCAAGCAUUCCUCCCGUGGGAGAUGCUAACCUCUGGCCGACACCCGAUGUUGCUCAAGGUGAGGAGAAGAAGAAGCCUCAGGAGAAGUCCGAUAAGAGCCCUGUCAUUCGCCCUCACGGCAAGGAGAAGUGGAUGCCUGUCCCAUACGUCCCAACUGCCGUGUUCAACACCCCCCUUCCUUCUGCUGCCCGCCGCGGUGGAAGAUCUGCCCGUGGCGGACGUGAGGGUGCUCGCAAUGGCACCCAUGGCGCCGACAAGAAUGCUUCCGGUCAGGCCGGUCAGGGCUCUGCCAAGCAGACGACAUCUGCAGACAGAGGCCGGAAUGAUACCAACUCUGCUCGCGCCAACUCUUUGCCUGCGCAAUCUAGACGCUCUAACAGCGUUGAUGCUGGACUUACCGACUCCCGCAAGCACCAGGCUGGUCGCGGACCCAAGGGCGCUGAGAACGUCAACGCUGCACAAGGUGGCAAGAAUGUAAAUGGCGCCGAUACUUUCCCCCGUCACCACCGCGAUGCUAAGCAAUUUGCCAAGGGUCAUGAAAAGGGCUCCGAUCACCACUCCAGGAACCCCCAGUUGUCCGUCGAUACCCAGGCUGCUCCGCGCUCAGGGUCCACUCGCCCGGAAAACGGCCCCAAAUCGGGCGAAUUUACCGGAUUCCACGACCGUAAGGACAAGGACUUCUCUCGCGAGUCGCGCGCCGACCGAGGUCGGGGCUCACACCGUGGAGGUCGUGGAGGCCACGCCGGCUUCAAUGGAGCCCCGAACGCUCAUUUUCCCACCAACCACAUGUCGCAUCACAACUUCAUGCACCCCAAGUCGUUUGGAUUCGGCGACCGCCAGAGAUCACAGCAACAUGGACCUACCAAUGGCUCGUCAGGUGGUCACAGAAUGUCCUUGCGCUCCCCCUCCCUACCCAAUUCUGCUGCCAUGUACGGUGUCUAUCCUUACCCUGGCGACAUCAACACGAUGUACGGCUAUCAACCUAUGCAUGCUGGCCCGAUGACCGCCAUUCCUUACCAGCAGUACAUGGAGCCCUUCUCCCUCAUGAGCAUGCUCACGAUGCAAUUGGAAUACUAUUUCUCGGUUGACAACCUCUGCAAGGACUUGUUUCUUCGCAAGCACAUGGAUUCUCAGGGCUUUGUUGCCUUGUCCUUCAUUGCCAGCUUCAAGCGGGUCAAGACCUUGACCGAGGAUUUCAACCUUUUGCGUCACGUUUCUCACCAGCUGAGAAAUGUCGAGUACAUCACCGGCGAAGAUGGAAUUGACCGUUUGCGACCCCGGGAUACAUGGGAGCAGUGGGUACUCCCUCUCGACCAGCGCGAUCAAUCUGCCCAGAACGAGGGUCCCGCCACCGUCAAUGUUCCCAAGCAGGAUGAUGCUACCGACUUCCAAAACAACAUGGAUGGAGUGAAUGGUUCGGUCGUAAAUGGAACCGUUGAUUCUCGGGCUUCGAAGACCCUCUUGUCAUCCGAUGCUCCGGAGUUUUCGCCAUCUCAGUCUGCCAAUGCUCAGACUGAAGUCGCACACGUACGGAUCCCUCCAAUUGAAAUCUAUCCCUGA